CGCCUCAAUGACUACAACAAUGUGCGCGAAUGGAGGUUCAGUUCAGUGAAACUGCCCGUAAUUUUCACUUACAUGUGCUCAGUGGAGGUUCCCACAGCACUGUAUUAAAUGGAGCUAGAGGACCAAUGGUGGAAAGGACAACUUGCUGCAGAUAUAUACCAGGCGCUGCGAUACAAAGAGCUCAAGUUGCCUUCCUACAAAGGUCAGUCUCCUCAGCUCAACCUCAGACGCUACUUUGCGGACCUCAUCGCCACCGUCAGCAACCGCUUCAAACUAUGCCCUGCAGCCAGACACCUGGCUGUCUACCUGCUGGACCUCUUCAUGGACCGCUACGACGUGACGGUGCAGCAGCUCCACAUGGUCUCCCUCUCCUGCCUCCUUUUGGCCAGUAAAUUUGAGGACAGGGAGGACCGGGUGCCGAAGCUUGAAACUCUGAAUAACCUGGGCUGCAUGAGCUCCAUGAACCUGGUCCUGACCAAGCAGGGUUUACUGCACAUGGAGCUGCUCCUGCUGGAAACCUUCCAGUGGAACCUGUACCUCCCUACAGCCGCACACUUCAUAGAGUACUACCUGUCCACUGCUACCCAGGAGGGAGACCUGCAUGACGGCUGGCCGAUGACUUGUCUGGAAAAGACCAAACUGUACAUGGCCAAGUAUGCAGAUUACUUCCUGGAGGUUUCAUUGCAAGACCAUGUGUUUUUGUGUUUCACGCCCUCGUUGGUGGCCGCUUCAUGUGUGGCGGCUUCACGGGUCAUCCUCCACCUGACCCCCACGUGGCCCCCCCGACUGCAGCGCCUGACGUCCUACACGUGGGAGAACCUGGUGCACUGCGCUGAGAAGCUGCUCCUCGCGCACGACGGCGACGUCAAAGAAGCCAAUAAGCAGAAGUGCCCGGCGCCCGCUCAGCAGACGCACACGGCGUUCAUCGGUUCCGGCCACUCGGCCGCCGUAGUGCAGUACUCGCACUGCUCCAGCGCUUCCUACCACCAGCAGGCGACGCAGGCGGGCCUGACGCCGAACAGCCCCCCGCACAGCAACCCCCAGACCACCUUGGCCUCCCUGGAUCCAAAGCCCACCUCCAUCUCCGGCAUGGCGGCUUACCCAGUCAGCAUGCACUACUCCUGCACCGCUCCCUGCUUUGACCGGUAA